UGUGAUGGUGAGAGGUGGGAUUCAUUAGGCCAGUGACUGCCAGAGUUUGACGCUGUUUCAUUUUUUUUGUGUGUGAUCGCGAAAUCAUUGCGAUGGAUUUGUACCUCAGUGUUUAUGAUUAUGUGGUUUUUGGGACAAUGCUGGCCAUUUCGGGCCUCAUUGGUGUCUACUUUGGUUUCUGUCGGACCCAAAAGCAGAACACCACGUCGGAAUAUUUGCUGGGAAGCAAGAAAAUGGGUGUUUUUCCAGUUGCCAUCUCUCUCACAGCCACGCACAUCUCUGCCGUAACGAUGCUGGGAGUUCCAUCAGAGAUGUACCUCUAUGGAACACAGUACUGGGUUUGUGCCAUUUCUGGGCUUAUUGUCACCUUUGCCAUGUCCCAUCUCUAUCUACCAGUCUUCAUGGAGCUCCAAAUAACAUCCUGCUAUGGGUAUCUGGAGAAGAGAUUCGGCGUCAGCCUUAGAAAUUUCGCUAGUGGACUCUAUACUCUCUACACUAUCCUGGGUGUUCCAGUUCUUAUCUAUGCUCCUGCUAUCGCCUUUAGCCAAGUCACUGGCAUCAAUUUGCACACAAUCACGCCAAUUAUGUGCAUUGUCUGCAUCUUUUACACCACAAUUGGCGGGAUCAGGGCAGUUGUCUGGACAGACACGAUUCAGUUUCUACUGAUGGUCGGGGCCUUAGUUGUGGUCAUCGUAAUGGGUACUGAUAUCCUUGGCGGAUUUUCUGAAGUUUUCAAGAUCGCCGAUCGCGGAGAGAGGAUCAUUCUAUUUGACAUGAGUAUGGAUCCAUUUCUGAGAUCAUCAUUCUUGAUGGUCAGCAUUGGAUUAACAACAAUGUGGAUUGCCCAUAUUGGGGUAUCUCCUGAGUGUGUUCAGCGUUUUCUGGCCAUUCCAACACUUUCGGAUUCGAGAAAAGUUGUGUGGAUCUUUGGCAUUGGACACAUCAUCAUAAAGCUCUGUUCAGUUUACAAUGGUCUCAUUGUCUAUGGGAAAUAUGAAGAUUGUGAUCCCGUGAGCGAUGGUAGAGUGAAAAAAGCCGAUCAGGUCUUUGCGUACUACGUUUUGGAUGUUGCCUCAUCAAUUCCGGGACUUUCAGGACUCUUUGUGGCUGGAAUUUUCUCUGCAGCUCUCUCUUCUAUGUCCAGUUGCAUGAACACCCUCGCUGGUACUUUCUACAUGGACUUCGUGAAGCACAGAUACCCAUCUUUGUCUGACGAAACUGGCAGCCGGAUCAUGAAAAUGUUGGUGGUUUUCAUUGGAACAACAUGUUUGGGAUUGGUUUUUGUGGUCGAGAAACUUGGGAAUAUCUUCAGCCUUGGCAUUUCAAUUGGAGGAGUUACAGCCGGUACUCUGCUGGGAAUUUUCACACUGGGAAUGGUCUGUCCACGUGCCAAUACAACAGGAGCCCGUUGGGGUGCUUAUGUAUCCUUGGCCAUUGUCAGUGGCAUUGUUCUUGGUGCCCAGCUCAACAUUAUGCAGGGAAAUCUAAAAUAUCCAAGCCUCCCGCUAAAUGUCCACGGAUGCAAUUCAAGUGAUUUUGGAAAUGUCACAUCUAUCAUCCUCAAUGAGCAUCACGACAAUUCUUCAGUGCCUUGGAUCUUCAGAAUUGGUUUUAUGUACUACUCCGUGAUUGGGAUGCUUAUUGUCUUUAUUGUGGGAUAUCCUGUGAGUCUUCUAACUGGAGGACACGAUGAUAUUGACGAGAGACUCUUGGCACCCUUCCUUCGGGGAUGGUAUCGAAAUCAGCGGAAGGCAAAGAAUCUCACGAAAAUUGUGCGAAAAGAUCAAGAGAUGCAUCUCUUCCUGGGCACUCCUAAAGACAUCCCAUCCGACAAGUAACUAUAACGUGUCAUUUUUUCGUGGUACAUAAAUUUUUUUCCCAUCUAUAUUUGCAUAAAUAUACUUUAUUCUCUCCUGA